CCUCCGAUGUGGUCGCAAAGCAUUUUUAAACUCUCGCGCCAAUGAAAAUUUAAACAUUUCACAUGAAGUGAAAAGUAAAGAAAACAAACAAUACCUAAUUUAAUGUUGUACUUAACUAUUUGUAAUUGAAUAGUGUGUGUUUUAUUUAGGUGAACGAAAAUAGUUACUAUAAAAGAAAACACAGUAUAAGUUCUAGAGAAAAUCGUUGAAAAAAUCAUAUUCUACAUGGAAUUUUUGAGAAAAAUAAAGAAAAUGUGAAAAGUAAUUAAAAAAAUAAUUAUGAGAAAAUCAAACAGUUAAUCCAGUUAAAGAAUCUAUUUAAUUCAAAUAUAUUUAUAUAGUUACACUGUAAGAAGUGAAUAGAUUUUCACUUGUAUUGUGUAAAAACGUGUUGAAGCGAAAAAAAAAAAACUGACGAAUUCGAUUCGUCGGCGCAACAGUAGAACUAUUUUCUUAAUAGAGCGGCACGUGGGAAAAAAAAGAAACAUAUUUAAUUUCCGCCGUUGAUUAUCUCAUUACGAUUUCGAAUUUUGUUCAUAAAUUAAGUGAUUUUCGAGUUGUACACAUACACAACAGUGUUGUGACAACACAUAGUAAGCCAAUAAAAUGUGGUACAAUUCGAGUCACCAGGGCUGGGGCAGUAAGGCGGUUGGCCGAAAUACAUCAAUCGUUGAUGCUGAUUUAACCCCAUCGUCGCCGAUCAAACCAAGCGCUGGCCGCAUUAUACGCAUUGUUAAUAAUAUGGAUCAAAGUGUACAGUGCCGUGUAUUGCUAAAUCUACGCACAUCACAACCAUUUGAAGAGGUGCUCGAGGAUCUGGGACAAGUAUUAAAGAUGACUGGAACAAAGCGGAUGUACACAUCAGACGGUGAAGAGGUGUAUAGUUUUUCACAACUCCGAAAUGAGUAUGCUGACGUGGAGACAUUUUAUUUGGACUCUGGUCCACGGGCCAUAUCACCAAUAUCGAUGAUACCAAUAGGUUCACCAUUGCGACGAUCACGAUCGAGCAAUGGCAUUAUGAAUACAGUGAUCAAUCAUGAUGUGCCAGUUCGACAACGUGCACGCAGUAAAAGUCGUCCACGUACACUUUACGCCGCCGAUAGUACGGAGAAUCGAUCAAAUGGAGAUUAUUCAUCAUCUGAUUACAUUAAGGAGGAACCAAUCAAGUUAAGUAUUCGCGGUCUUCGUCGAACAUUUUAUCCACCAAAUCAGCAUGUAGUAAUUGAUAAUUCACCACCCGAUAAAAAAUUGAAAUUACAAUGGGUUCAUGGUUAUCGAGGGCGCGAUACACAUAAAAAUUUGUGGGUUCUUCCAUCAGGUGAAAUGCUUUACUAUGUGGCUGCCAUUGCAAUUAUCUACGAUCGUGAUGAAGGAACGCAACGCCACUACACUGGUCACACCGAAGACAUAAUGACAAUGGACGUACAUCCGUCACGUGAAUUAGUUGCAUCAGGUCAACGAGCUGGCGCAGAUCGAAAAUCACAAGCGCACGUUCGCAUUUGGAGUACGGAUUCAUUGCAAACACUGUACGUAUUCGGAAUGGGUGAAUUAAUUGGCGGCGUGACUAGUGUUGCAUUUUCUCAAUUGAAUGGUGGUAGCUAUAUUUUGGCCACGGAUUCGAGUGCCGAUUCGAUUUUAAGCGUUUGGCAAUGGCAAUGGGGUCAUCUAUUAGGAAAAGUGGCGACAUUGCAAGAGGAGCUACUCGGCGCUGUAUUUCAUCCGUUGGACGAUAAUUUAAUUAUAACAUAUGGUCGAGGCCAUUUGGCAUUUUGGCAUCGAAGAAAAGAUGGCUGCUUCGAACGAACCGAUAUGAUAAAACAACCAAAUCGAACGUGUAUCACUAGCAUACAAUUUGAAGCCGAAGGUGAUGUUAUAACUGCCGACAGUGAUGGUUUCAUAUCCGUUUACAGUGUUGAUGCUGAAGGAAUGUAUUUUAUUCGAAUGGAAUUUGAAGCUCAUAUGAAGGACAUUGGUUGUUUGUAUAUGCUACCCGACGGUACACUAUUGUCGGGCGGCGAAAAAGAUCGAAAGAUCGCCGCUUGGGAUUCGUUGCAAAAUUAUAAACACAUUGCCGACACAAAAUUACACGAAUCGGCAGGUGGUGUACGAACAAUUUUUCCACAACGACCUGGUCGAGAUGAUGGUAAUAUUUAUGUGGGUACAACGAAAAAUAAUAUCGUCGAAGGUUCAUUGCAACGUCGAUUUAAUGAAGUAAUUUUCGGUCAUGGACGUCAAUUAUGGGGUUUGGCUGUACAUCCAGAAGACGAAGUGUUUGCCACGGCCGGCAUGGAUAAAACGAUUGUUUUAUGGCGAAAGCAUAAACUAAUUUGGACGGUUGGUGUCGAUUUUGAGUGUAUUUCACUUGCAUUUCAUCCGUUCGGAAAUGCAUUGGCGGUUGGAACGACAGCAGGCCAUUUAUUGGUAUUGAGCGUUGAGAGUGGCGAAACAGCAGCAACGGUACGAGUUUGUGCAGCACCAUUGAAUUGCAUUGCUUUCAAUCAAGUGGGCGAUGUCAUUGCGAUGGGUUCGGAAAAUGGAUGUAUUUAUCUGUUCCGUGUCACACGAGACGGCUUCUCCUAUAAAAGACAAAGUAAAAUUCGAGGCACACAACCAUUACAGCACGUUGAUUGGAGCAUGGAUGGAUUCUUUUUACAAACGGUUACCGUUGAUUUUGAUUUACUUUUCUGGGAUACACGUUCAUUGGCACCUGAACGCAGUCCAAUUUUGAUGCGAGAUGUAAAAUGGUUAACGCAUAACUGUACGGUUGGCUUUUUAGUUGCUGGAAUGUGGAAUAAUCGUUUCUAUUCAACACAAUCGUCAAAGAUAACGACAUGCAAUCGAUCAUCUGGAAUGGAUAUGCUGGCGUCUGGUGAUUCUGAAGGUCAUGUUCGGCUCUUCAAAUACCCGUGCAUCAGUCCACGAAGUGAAUACUAUGAAACAAAAGUGUAUUCGGGCGUAAUUGGUUGUGUACGUUUCCUUUACGGUGACAAUUCAAUUGUUACAGUCGGUGGAACUGAUGCAUCUCUAAUGAUUUGGGAUCUUGUCGAUGAGUAAAACAUUUGAAUGAGAACAUUUGAAAACUUAACAAACUUUAUAUUGGGAAAAAAUAUAAUCUAAUUUUAAUUUGGAAACAAUUUGGUCAGGUUUUCGGUCGAAUUUGUGAUUGUGGCCAGUGGGAAUAUCGUGGCUGAGGUAAGAUCACAUGAUUUUGAGAAAAUCUUGACAGAUAUUUGAACACGAACAAAAAAAAAAGUAUUAAAAAAAAAAAAAA